CAAGGCCCUAUCCAAAGAAAUUAUCCACACUCUCUACCUUGCACUUCUUCCCUCCUUCUCUCUUCCUCUGUCCGUCCCGUAUCUAUUAGUCGCUAUCCUCCUCGUGAAUAUCAUCCGACAAGACGCACUCUAAUUCUUCACAAUCUCACCCUUCUUUACUCCUUCUCCCCCCUUCCCCCCUUCCUCCUGCCUGCCACCUGCUCUCCUCCUCAUCCACCCCCAACCCUCUAG